UCCUCCUCCUCCUGCUGCUCCUCCUCCUGCUACUCCUCCUCCUCCUCCUGCUACUCCUCCUCACCACCAUCACUUUACUCCUGCUGUCGGACUCGGGCCCGUAACCUCCUCAGCGCCUCCUCCUCCUGCAUGACUGUCACAAAGAUGUCAUGGCGUCCGUCCUACCGAACCUCCAAGUUUAGAAAUGUCUACGGAAAAGUGGCCAACCGAGAGCACUGCUUCGACGGCGUCCCCAUCACCAAGAACGUCCAUGACAACCACUUCUGUGCCAUCAAUGCCAAGUUCCUGGCCGUUGUCACUGAGAGUGCUGGUGGCGGCUCAUUCAUCGUGAUACCCAUAUCCCAGUCUGGACGUCUGGACUCUCACUAUCCCAAAGUAUGUGGUCACCAUGGAAACGUGUUGGACAUUAAAUGGAAUCCCUUCUUUGAAAACAUCAUCGCCUCAUGUUCUGAGGACACAUCGGUGCGGGUGUGGGAGAUCCCAGACGGCGGUCUGCGGCGGAACAUGACAGAGGCGGUUCUGGAGCUAUACGGUCACAGCAGGCGGGUGGGUCUGAUCGAGUGGCACCCCACCAGCAGCGGGAUCCUCUUCAGCGCCGGAUACGACUACAAGAUCUUGAUCUGGAACCUGGAGAUCGGCGAGCCGGUGAAAAUGAUCGACUGUCACGCUGACGUCAUCCUCAACAUGUCCUUCAACACGGACGGCAGCCUGCUGGCCACCAGCUGUAAGGACAGGAAGCUGCGUGUCAUUGAGCCACGCUCGGGCAGAGUGCUGCAGUCCGCCAGCUGUAAGAACCAUCGCGUGAACCGGGUCGUGUUCCUCGGCAACAUGAAGCGCCUGUUGACCACAGGGGUUUCCCGCUGGAACACCCGGCAGAUCGCACUCUGGGAUCAGGAGGACUUGUCCAUGCCGAUCGUGGAGGAGGAGAUCGACGGACUGUCGGGACUGCUGUUUCCAUUCUACGAUUCCGACACCCAUAUGCUGUACCUGGCGGGAAAGGGCGACGGAAAUAUCCGUUACUUUGAACUGACUACAGAGAAGCCGUACGUCCAGUACCUGAUGGAGUUCCGGUCCCCGGCCCCACAGAAAGGACUCGGUGUGAUGCCAAAGCACGGGCUGGAUGUGGCGGCCUGCGAGGUGUUCCGUUUCUACAAACUCAUCACCCUCAAAGGCCUGAUCGAACCCAUUUCCAUGAUUGUGCCAAGGAGGUCAGACACGUACCAGGAGGACAUCUACCCAAUGACCGCUGGAACAGAACCCGCACUGUCUGCCACCGAGUGGCUGAGCGGCAUCGACAGAGAGCCGGUCUUGAUGUCUCUUAAGGACGGCUUCCACCGGCCAAACCAGUUAGUGUUUAAAGCUCCGGUGAAGGAAAAGAAGAAUGCAGUUGUGAAUGGAAUCGAUCUGCUGGAGAACGUGCCACCGAGGACGGAGAACGAGCUCCUGCGGAUGUUUUUCCGACAGCAAGAUGAGCUGCGGCGGCUUAAAGAAGAGUUGGCUAAGAAGGACGUACGAAUACGGCAACUGGAGCUGGAGCUCAACAACCUGAAGAACGUCAGCCCCAGCAGCAUUUGACCUCCUGCCCCUGACGGACCGCAGAGCUUCUGAUCCCGUCUCCUUAUUUGCUGCCCCCUACAGAGCACACCGGGAUAUGAGACAUGCUGGGCAACGACAUGAACGCCGCUGCACGUGGCCUCCAACACACGUGGAGAGUAAAAGAAAAGAAUCUUUGUGGAUUUCUGCAGUGAAGACAAACACAGCAAAGCGAUGGUUCCAAAACUGUGGGUGGAGCCUUUACUGAGGGCAACCAAUGAGUGGUUGGGAAAAAUACUUAAAGUGCAUUAAAAGAUGAACAAGAAUG